AUGGCAAGUUCUUCAGUAUUUCAGGAGGAAUUUAGCUGUCCAAUCUGUCUGGAUCUACUGAAUGACCCGGUGACUUUACCAUGUGGACACAGUUUCUGUCUAAAGUGCAUUACUGAAUGUUGGGACCAAGAGGACCAGAAAGGUGUUUACAGCUGCCCACAGUGCAGAGAAACCUUCAAUCCGAGACCUGUCCUUGGCAGAAACACAAUGAUGGCUGAAGUUGUUGAAAAACUGAAGAACAUUGAACUCCAGUUUGGUGCUGAAACUCCUCGCUAUGCUGGACUUGCUGAUGUGGAGUGUGAUUUCUGCAGUGAGAAAAAGUAUAAAGCCAUCAAGUCGUGUCUGGCAUGUCUGCUGUCCUAUUGUGAAGUUCACAUCCAGCCUCACUAUGAAGUGCCUCGCCUAAGCAAGCACAAGCUGGUGAAUGCCUCCUCACAGCUACAGGAGAAGAUCUGCUCUCAGCAUGAUAGGAUCAUUGAGGUGUUCUGUCGUACAGACCAGAAGCUCAUCUGUGUGCUCUGCUCAAUGGACGACCACAAGGGUCAUGACACUGUCUCAGCUGCAGCAGAACGGACUGACAAACAGAAAAUGUUGAUGCAGAUGAAGGGGGAUAGUAAGAAUCAAAUUCAGCAGAGAGAGAAGAAGCUUCAACAGGCCCAACAGACCCUAAAAACUCUACAGGCCUCUGCACAGAAGGCUCUUGAUGAAUCUGACAAAAUCUUCUCUGAGCUGAUCAGCUUCAUGGAGCAGAAACGCUCUGAGGUCACGAAGGAGAUCAGAGCCCAGGAGAAGGCAGAGAUGAGGCGAGCUGAAGGACUCCUGGAGCAGCUGGAAAUGGAGAUCGCUAAACUGAAGAACAGAGAUGAUGAAAUGGAGCGACUGCUACAGAUUGAGGAUCAUGUUGACUUCCUCAAGAGCUUUGAAUCCUGCUGCCCUGCUUCUGUGUCUGACACCUCCAGCAUAACUUUCACUCCACAUUUAUCCUCCACUGACAUCAUGACACCUGCACUCAAGGCCAUUGAGAAGAUGUUGCUGAAGUUAACAGGUCACAAAGCUGAAGCCUCUGUCUCACAGUCUCACGGUGUUCCUGUUAUGAUGCCAAAGAUAGGUUUCAAGGUUGGAGACAAAGUGAGAGUGAAGGCAUCUGUUAAAGAACCAAAAUACAAGUCGGGACCUGGUGUCAAUCACAGCAGUGUGGGAGUGGUGGAAGGUUUCAAGGUUGGAGACAAAGUGAGAGUGAAGGCAUCUGUUAAAGAACCAAAAUACAAGUGGGGACUGGAGACUGGAGUCAAUCACAGCAGUGUGGGAGUGGUGGAAGGUUUCAAGGUUGGAGACAAAGUGAGAGUGAAGGCAUCUGUUAAAGAACCAAAAUACAAGUGGGGACUGGAGACUGGAGUCAAUCACAGCAGUGUGGGAGUGGUGGAAGACCUUAGACGUGACUGCAUGAAUGUUCGCUUCCCUAAGUGCCCUUUCCUGUGGAGUGCAGACCCUGCUGAAAUGGAGCUGGUCACCUAAUGGAUCACAAGAUGUGAUUGGUCAUCAUCGUGGACUUUGAUAUGACUAGACUGCUGCGAUGUUAUUGUGAUGCAAGCCUACAUAAAAAUAACACUGACAAAUGUCACUGAUAUAACCAGACUGAAUAGAAUGCUGCGAUGUUAUUAGUGUAUAAUGUAGGCCUACAUAAACAUAACAACAUCAUGGGUACUACUGAUCAGACCACUGCAUGUAAUGUUAUGAUGUACCUACAUGAAAAUAACACUGGCAAAUGUCAGUGAUAUGGCUAAACUGCUGUAAUGUCAUUAUGAUGUACUGUAGGCCUACGUUAACAUUACAGAGCUUUGCAGAGCUACUUUGUAUUCAUGGGUUCGCAGUGUUUGUAAAUACAAGACCAUGUGAGGUAAUUUUUGAUCAACAGCGGUUUCCAACAAUCAGAGGUUGAGUUGUGCGCAGCUAGGUUCGCGCAACCAGGGGAAAACAAAAAUUUAGAACCCAUUUAUAGCCUACACAUCUCUCUUUUCGCACAUACACAAAUGUUCAGAAUUGUUUCAUCACUGUCUCAGUCUUAUCUUAUCUCCAAGAGAUGUGGAGGCUGUUAUGGAAAUAUUCAAAUCUUCUUAGCAGAUGGUUUGCACCUCUAUCUUCUCCAGUUGUCCCCUAACUGGGAGCAGGGUUGCCAGAUGAGGCUGAUGAUUUCCAGCCCAAAAAAUGUUCAAAACCCGCCUAGAAGCACAAAAUCCCGCCCAAUUCUAUUGACUGCUAUGGCAUAAAGUGGGCUUGUUUUUCUGAUAAAUGCCUUUUUUACCCGCACACGGCCGUCCUAAGCAGCCCAAUUGGACGGGAACCAGCCCAAUCUGGCAACACUGACUGGGAGUUGGGACUUAUAAGGGGGUUGAGGAGGUACUGCAGGAGGGUCACUGACAGAAGGGACUGUUUGCAUAGAACCUUGAAUGUGUGUUUUUAUAACCUUUCCAAACAUUGUUCAAUAUUCACUCCAGUGGGUAAUAAAUGUCCUAAAUUUCCUGUGAUUUACAUCAAAGUUAGAAAAAAAUGUGUUUUUGGUUUGGAAAAUGAGAGAUGGGGGUCACAAAAAAUAUUCUUAGCAGCCAAAAAAGUUUGGACAUCUUGACAGUGAUGUUAAGGGAGUGACCAUUUUGCACGUUUGCAGGUGUUGCUGCAGCUUUUGCUGUUCUGUUGUUCACCAUGUUGACAUGUGGUAGAUAUGACAAAUACUAUUCAGUACCAAUCUUUUGCAUGCCAUUAUUGAAGGUUUUGAACUCAAAUUGUGUCAAAGUGAUUUGUAUUGAUAUAUUUUUGUCCUUUCAAAAGAGAAUAAACUCUAUGCUGU